CUCUCUCUGGCUCUGAGGCAUGUACAGACACACGUGCUUGCGCGAGCACACCUACGUGGAGACCCCGAGGGCUGGUGCCGGGCAGGGCUGAGUGGGUCUGGGCACAGCCAGGCCUCCUCCACCUUGGUGUGAUGCCUCCGAGCGUGUGCCUUGGCGUGUGGGGUGUCAGUUUUUGUGUUUCUUCCAGCUCUUGAGGACGCUGCCUGCCCUUUCUGCUGUGAGAAGAUGUCGUAUGGGUCCAUCACCAGCGGAGGUGGCCUGGGGACCCGUGGCCCUUUUAGGGGAUCCUCAAGGCAAGGCUGUCAGCCUCCAGGACUAGGCGCUACCUCCAAGGGCCGCCGGACCCUGGAGCCCGCCUCACCCCCUGCCUCUGGUCCGAGGAAGGACCCUGCUGUGGGGCCCCCUGGCCGGAGGGCGGGACCCAGUGCCAGCCGGGCCAAGAAGAGGAAGCCCAACUUCUGCCUGCAGGAGACGGAGGUGCUGGUGUCCAAGGUCAGCAAGCACCACCAGCUGCUGUUUGGCACGGGGCUGAUGAAGGCCGAGGCCACCCGUAGGUACCGUGUGUGGAGCCGCAUCCUGCAGGCCGUGAAUGCCCUGGGCUACUGCCGCCGUGACGUCGUUGACUUGAAGCACAAGUGGCGGGACCUGCGUGCUGUUGUGCGGCGCAAGCUGGGCGACCUCCAGAAGGCCACGCCUGAUCCUGGCCUGGGCUCCGGCAAGCCACAGGCCUUGGCCCUCACACCUGUGGAGCAGGCAGUGGCCAAGACCUUCUCCUGCCCAGCCCUGCCUGCCGAGGGCAUUGGCCUCGAGCUGCCCAAAGCCACACAGGUUGUUCCUUGUGACCUCCGGGAGCUGUGCCAGGAGACCUCAGCCAGUGUCUUCCAAAUCCACUCCAAUGUGACCUCCUUGGAGAAGAGCCUCCGGUCAUUGGGGACACCGAGUGACACACAGGAGCUUCGGGAUAGCCUGCACACGAUGCAGCAGGAGACCAACAGAGCCGUGUCGGCCAGUGCGGGUGCCUUGAAGCAGACGUCAGAGCUCCUGCGGGGCUCCUGUCUGGAGCGCCUUCAGCUGGACCGGCUGAAGAUCCAGCUAGCAGAUGCCAUUCAGCGGUACGGAGUGGUCCAAAAGAAAAUUGCAGAAAAGUCCAGAGCACUGCUUCCCACAGCUCAGAGGGGCAUCAAACAGCAGAGUCCCCAGUCCCCCUUUGUGGAGCUGGCUGAUGAUGAGAAGAUCUUUAACGGCGGUGAGCACACGUGGCAGGGCCAGGAGCAGGCUCUGCUUCCCGACGUCACCGAGGAGGACUUGGAGGCCAUCCGGCUGCGAGAGGAAGCCAUCCUGCAGGUGGAGAUUGUGCAGCAUCUCUGCCAGGUUCUGUCUGUCCAGACCAGGAGAUGGACCAUCACCCCCAGUUGUCAAGCCAUGCCGGUGUCACUUUGCAGGACGAGUGAGUGGGUGAGCAAUUUGCUGGACGUGAACCAGAUCAUCAAGGACUUGGCGUCCAUGGCGUCGGAGCAAGGAGAUGCCACUGGGUCCAGCAGCAGGAAGGCCACCAGCCGGCAGACCUCCAGCCCCGAGCCAGCAGAGGCAGCCCUGCUACCAGGGGUGGGGCUGGGCACCACACCUCUGCGGCCCAGCAGCCACUCCCGCACCAAGACACGCAAACCCAACUUCAGUCCCCAGGAGACAGAGGUGCUGGUGCGGAGGGUGGCACGCCACUACCCACUGCUGUUCGGGGCACUGCGGAGCACACCUGCUCGGAAGCACCACGUGUGGAGCAGGAUCCUACAGGCUGUGAAUGCGCUGGGCUACUGCCGCCGUGACCUGGGUGACCUCAAGCACAAAUGGAGGGACCUACGAGGGGCCGUGCGCAAGAAACUGGCAGAGAGUCCGGCUCCUGGAUUCGUCCUCACACCUGUGGAACGCAUGGUGGCUGAGACCUUCUCGACCCCAGCCUCCCAGGGCAAGAGCCAGGCAACAACCGACGAGGAAGACGAGGAUGAAACUGCCAGCUGCCUGUGGCGACCCCUGAGGACCCCCCCGGAAGGGCCCAGUCCACCUGAACCUGACCCCCUGGACUUCCGAGGAGCUCUCCGUGCAUCCACCUCCUCACCCUCCCUGCCUGCCUCCCUGGCAUCUGUGCCCCCAGGGACCGCGGGCAUGGGUUCCUUUGGGCCCUCCCCACCUUCCUCAGCACCAGCAUCCACGCUGCCCCUGCCCUCCGGGAGGACCCUGUCCACAGCAUCUGAGGCUUCCAUGUUUGAGCAGCAGCUGCUGGACUCCCACCUGCGGCAGGGUGCCCUGCUGGCCUCCUGGUCGCAGCAGCAGGGUGCGCUGAUGGCCCAGCAGAACCUGCUGCUGCAGCGGCUGGCGGAGCAGAGCCAGCGGCUGGCUGAUGGUGUCGAGGCCCUCAGCCGGACCCUGGAGCGGCUGGUGGCAGUGCGCCCAGCCCAGGAGGGCUCACCCUCCAUCCUAGAAGGUACCCCUGCUGGUGGAGGGGCCUGUGGACCCACCAGAGGCCCCCAGGACAGUCCCCAGGGUGCCCACCCAGGCCCAGAGGUCUUCUCAGGGAUGAUCCUAAAGGUGGAGGAAGAGCUGUAGGACUGGCCCAGGGACCCCUUUGGCACCAGGCCAGGGAGAGGACAAGGACUGCAGGAAGCCUGGAGAAGGUGUGGGGCAUCUCCCCACGUGCCUUUCCGUCCCUGGCCUUGGGUGGGUGUGGCAACCUGCCAGUCUGGCCUCAGCACCAACCUGCUGGGCCAGGCCGGGGCUACUCAGGACAGUGGCAGUGAGUCUGACCUCCCACUGCCAGCUCCCACUUGAGCCCACUGGGCCAGUGGCUGCAAUUGGCUGCAGGUCACCUCUGCAGGCCUGCACCAGUGGGAGGUGGGGAAAAGACGCUCAGCCCGGGGCUUCGGAGCCCUGGGGAGUGGGGACUUGGCAGCUGCACGGGCUCAGAGGGCCCGGGCUCGACUCCUUGGUUCUGGUUCAGGGGAGCCAUGUCCAUGAGCCUGGAGUUAUUUCUCUUCAGUUUUAUAUCAAUGUCAUAAAUACAUAAAUAAAAAUACGCAGACAUGAAUGCUAAUUGGUA